AUGGAGAGAGAGUAUGACUUAAAGGUCAGGGCGUCACCGACGAAAAGAUUUACCGAACGAAAGAAUCUGAAGGCAGGGAAAGUACAGAGGAAGCGUGUCGCGGAGGAGAUUUUAGAAGAGAUUAUCAGAGAAGCCGCGAAGGAUAUAGUGAUCAAAGAAAAGGGCAUAUUAAGUAAGAGGCAGAAAAAAAAGGAGCUGGAGGCAAAGAAAAUGAAGGAGGAAGAAGAAAAGCAGAAAAGGGAGAAGGAAGACAAACAGAAAGCGGAGAUGAAAAGAGAGAGGAAGGUGGAGAAGGAGAAGCGGAGGAGGAGGAGGAGGCGAGAGGAGGAGGAGGAGGCAGCGAGACUGAGAACUAUGAGGAAGGAGAGAAAGGAGAGAAAGAAGGCGAGACGAGCGGCAGAACGUGGUGUGAAAAAUGAGGAGAUGGAGGUGGACGAGAAGGAGGCGGAGGUAAAAGAAGAAGAAGAGAAGGAUACAAGAGUGAACGAAAGUGGGGCAAGAGAGGAUGAGAUGGAUGAAGAGCAUGGGGAGGAACAGCAGGAGAAGAGGGAGGACCAAAGGAUGGAGAGGGAGGAAGAGGAUGGGGAGGAAGAGCAGGAGGAAGAAAUAGAAGAAAGCGGAGACGAAUGGCAGCCAGGCCGGAGUGACAGGAGGUUAUUGAAGGAUGAUGAGGAUGAGGAUGGGGAGGAGGAAGAGGAAGAGGGAACGUUUAGGCGGAAGAUUGUUGAGGUAUAUGAUGUUUAA